AUGCUGGCCAAAUUGCUCCUACUUGGCCUCAUCGGCUACACAGCCGCCGUGCAACACUUUUCAGUGAAGGACGACAAAUAUUGUUUGAUUCUGGAGGCGGAUAUUGAGGGAGAGCUCAAAUGGCCUGCGGGAAACCAGACGGAAACGUUCAAGUGGAAGCUCGACCAGACGAAGAGCACCAGCGGCUCGUGCGUCGGCAAGUCGGCGGCCGGGCUCAAGGCCAACUCCAUCGAGAUCGUGUUCCUGCCUUUUGACAAGAAUGCCACGUCAUCGACCGAUCAGCCGUGGAUUCUGACGAUGGAGUUCGAAAAAGCCGACAACGGGACCUACGAUGUGUCGAGCUGGUCCCUGCAAUUCCAGCCGCGCAAGGGCUUCAUGCACUCCGGCCAAUACAAAAAAUCGGCCGAUGCGUCCCCCGAUUUUGGAGCCGUAGACAAGAACGGUUUUAAGUGCUCCGACAUCGGGCUUGCUCUCGAUCACGAUUCAGUCGUCUCGUUGAAGUCGGUUCGCGCCGUCGCCUUUGCAUCGUACGAGAAGGACGAGUUCCCCGCUGGACAGAUUUACGAAGUCUGCCGUCUUGACUCGCGCACGUCUGACAUCGUCCCCAUCGUUGUCGGAGCCGCCCUUGCCGGUCUCGUCGUCGUCGUCCUGAUCGCGUACCUCGUCGGCCGCGCCCGUGCCAAGCGCCAGGGAUAUGCCUCCGUU